AAUGUGAAUCAUAUAAGAUUGUAAAUAACACUCACUCUACAUGAUCAAAAUCUAUUUGUUUUAUUCUAGCACCAUUUCCCGAUUCCAGCAUGACUUGUCUACGCGAGAUGCAUCUCGACGAUCUAUUUAAAUUUAAUACGUUGGUCUUUGAUCCGUUCACGGAGGUGUAUCGCCUCAGCUUCUUCCUGCGUCACCUGGCCCAGUGGCCCGAUCUUGCGGUGGCUGCUCUUUCACCCGAUGGCCAGUUGGAGGGCUUCAUAUUUGGUGUCGCCUCUCUCCUUAUGAACCACUUUGGGCACAUGUUGGACCUGAGGAGUGCCUGGUAUGUGGAUCUGUAUUGCCGCUGCAGCAACCAGGCUGCCUACAAGCUCUAUUGCGCCCUGGGCUACUGCCUGCGGCGUGUGCUACUCGAGUACUAUCCCGGCGAUCCGGAGGAGGAUGCCUACGACAUGCGGAAGCCGUUGUCCAUCGACGUGGAACGCCUUACCUUAGCUCUCGCCAGCAGGCAGUCAGUCCGCCUGCCCCCCGACGAGGAUAGCGAUGACGACUACUAUUAGGCCGGAUCAUAAAUAAAUUUUCGUUUUCCUUUUGGCA